AUGUCUACGGAGGUUGGAUGGAGGAAGUGUCCAUCUUUGGGUUUGGUAGGAAUUUUAAUAGGUUUGAUCCUGGCUUGUCCUUCAGACGGGUUGAGUGCGGAUGGAAUUUACCUCUUAGAGUUGAAGAAAAACAUUGUCGAUGAAUUUUACUUUCUUGGGAACUGGAAUCCAAAUGAUGAGUCACCCUGUGGAUGGGCAGGCGUGAAUUGCACCUCGGGUUAUACUCCGGUGGUAUGGUCUCUGGACUUGAAUUCAAGGAAUCUAUCAGGGACUUUGAGCCCUAGUAUUGGGGGUCUGAUCUUUCUAACUUAUCUCAAUGUUUCUCAUAACAAGUUCACAGGAAGUAUUCCCAAGGAAAUUGGAAAUUGUUCGAAACUGGAAACUCUUUACUUGAAUGAUAAUUAUUUUGGUGGCCAAAUUCCAGCUGAAUUGGGUAAUCUUUCUUGUCUGGAAGAUUUGAAUCUGUGCAAUAACGCGAUCUCUGGCUCAAUUCCCGAGGAAAUUGGGAAACUUUCUUCCCUUGUUAAUUUUGUGGCGUACACAAACAAUCUUACGGGCCCAUUGCCUCAGUCUCUUGGCAACUUAAGAAACUUGAGAACAUUUCGAGCUGGUCAGAAUGAAAUCUCUGGAAGCUUACCAACAGGGAUUGGUUAUUGUCAAAGCCUGGAAACACUAGGUCUUGCUCAAAAUAGAAUAGAAGGUAAUCUACCUAAAGAACUCGGUAUGCUCAAGAGCUUAAGAGAAGUGAUUCUAUGGGAGAACCAGUUUUCUGGAUUUAUACCUAAGGAGCUUGGAAAUUGUACGAAUCUUGAGAUGCUUGCUUUGUACCAGAACAAUCUUGUUGGAGGGAUUCCUGCCGAACUUGGGAACCUUAAGUCUAUGCAAAGGUUAUACCUAUACCGGAAUGGAUUAAAUGGAACAAUUCCAACGGAGAUUGGGAAUCUUACUCAGGCACUUGAGAUUGAUUUCUCAGAGAACUAUUUGUCAGGAGAAAUUCCAACCGAGUUAAGUCAGAUAAAGAGUCUACAUUUACUGUACUUGUUCCAGAAUGAGCUUACUGGGGUUAUCCCAAAUGAGCUUAGUAGCUUGAAGAACUUGAUGAAGCUAGACUUGUCGAUUAAUCACCUGACAGGCCCAAUUCCAUUUGGCUUUCAGUAUCUUACUGGGCUAUAUCAUUUACUUCUUUUCUCUAAUUCUUUGAGUGGUGGCAUACCCCAACGUUUUGGGCUUUACAGUCGACUUUGGGUGGUUGAUUUUUCCGAAAAUUACCUCACUGGAAGAAUUCCUCCUUACCUUUGUCGGCGUUCUAACUUGAUAUUGCUGAAUCUUGAGUCUAAUAAAUUGUAUGGAGACAUCCCACCUGGCGUCAUUAAUUGCACAUCUUUGCAACAACUUCGUCUCAGUGGUAACAGACUGGCUGGGAGCUUUCCUUCUGAUUUAUGCAAAUUGCCGAAUCUCGCCGCUAUUGAAUUGGGUCAGAACAGUUUCAGUGGUCCAAUUCCUCACGAGGUUGGGGAGUGCCCAAAGUUGCAAAGGCUUGAUCUCUCAGGAAAUCAAUUCACAUCUGAGUUGCCGAAGGAGAUAGGAAAUCUAUCCCAGCUUGUGUCUUUUAAUGUUUCAUCAAACUCGUUCACUGGGCGGAUCCCACUGGAAAUUUUUCACUGCAAGGCUCUGCAAAGGCUUGAUCUUAGCCGGAACAGCUUCAUCGAUGCUAUACCAAAUGAGCUAGGGACACUUUCGCUUCUUGAACUUCUUAUUGUUUCAGAAAAUAUGUUUUCAGGAAAUAUUCCAGCAGCACUGGGCAAUCUUUCACAUUUGACUGAGUUGCAGAUGGGUGGAAAUUCAUUAUCCGGUGAGAUACCAAAGGAGUUGGGUGAUCUUGCAGGCCUGCAAAUUGCAAUGAAUCUUAGUUGUAAUAACUUAACUGGGAGAAUACCACCUGAGCUUGGAAACCUUAUCUUAUUAGAAUAUCUCUUGCUCAACAACAAUCAUUUGAGCGGUGAAAUUCCUAGCACAUUUGUAAAUCUGUCUAGCUUAUUGGGCUGCAACUUCUCAUAUAACGACUUAAAUGGGCCAUUGCCUUCUGUACAGUUGUUUCAGACAAUGAGUAUCAGUAGCUUCAUCGGAAACAAAGGGCUGUGUGGUGGGCUGCUUGGUAAUUGUAGCGGGUCUACACCUUUCGACACAAUUCCUCCUCCUGUGAGAAGUUCAGAUGCACCUCAAAGAAAGGUCAUCUCUGUGGUUGCAGCUGUCAUUGGUGGAGUGUCUCUUGUUCUAAUUGUAGUUAUUCUGUAUCUUAUGAAGCGUCACCCAGUCGAGAUGGAUGCAUCGUUGCAAGAAGAUAAUGGCAUGUCAUCCCCAGAUUCCGAUAUUUAUUUUCGUCCAAAAGAGGGGUUCACUGUUCAGGACCUCGUUGAGGCCACAAACAAUUUUCAUGAUAAUUAUGUUAUUGGAAGGGGAGGAGUUGGGACAGUCUAUAAAGCAGUUUUGCCAUCCACUCAAAUAAUUGCAGUUAAGAAACUGGCAUCUAAUAGAGAGGGUAAUAACAUAGAGAAAAGCUUUCGAGCUGAGAUUUUAACUCUUGGGAACAUUAGGCAUCGUAACAUUGUAAAGUUAUUUGGCUUUUGCUAUCACCAAGGCUCCAAUCUCCUUCUUUAUGAGUACAUGGCAAGGGGUAGCUUGGGUGAAUUGCUUUAUGGGGCAUCUUGUGACCUAGACUGGCCAACACGGUUCUCGAUUGCUCUUGGAGCUGCUGAAGGCCUAGCUUAUUUACAUCACGACUGCAGACCAAAGAUCAUCCAUCGUGAUAUAAAGCCUAAUAAUAUUCUUCUUGAUGAGAAGUUUGAAGCUCAUGUUGGUGAUUUUGGUUUGGCGAAAGUGAUUGACAUGCCUCAGUCGAAGUCAAUGUCUGCAGUUGCUGGAUCAUAUGGUUACAUAGCCCCUGAAUAUGCGUACACCAUGAAGGUUACAGAAAAAUGUGACAUUUACAGCUACGGUGUGGUCCUCUUGGAGUUGCUAACUGGAAAAAUGCCAGUGCAGCCUCUAGAACAAGGAGGUGAUCUUGUCACAUGGGUGAGGAAUUAUAUUCGGAAGAAUUCUUUGUCAACUGGGAUACUUGAUAGCCGUUUGAAUCUGAAAGAUGAAAAGAAGGAAAUGUUAUUUCACCUCCAGAUAACAAUCUUUCUCCGAGACACGAUGCCUUGUGAAUUAAUAUUUGCUCAUGAAUUCCAGAAUUCUGAUAAUCAUACCAUAACAGUGAUUGACAUGACGUUGUUUUCCUUAUCUGAACAUCUUUGUCGAAAACCCUGUGGCUGA